CUGGCAUCAACGUCAACUUAACAGCUUUCGCCAGCUCGAACGCGCUGGACACCGAGCACUGCAGGUAAAGAGGUCUGCAGUUGCCCUUGGAAUAAUGCUGCAAUCCUCCUCCGCAGUCACCUCCUAGAAUCCAUUGGAAAUUCGUCAAAGCGCACAUUAUUGGAGCAAUACCCGAUAUUGCCGUCUUCAAGAAAGGCGCGGUCCCCCGGCCCCGAGUGGCCCGGUUUCCACAUCACCGAACCUAGACAGACCUUUCGCCUUUCCUGCAUCUGAUAGUCUCCCAACUUUGGCAACAUCCUACCCCAACCCCUACUCCGAUCUCAUCUCGUUGCGACGGACGGGAAAGGGUUGCGCCAUCACACAACAUGGCAUUCCAGACGGCAGCGUUGCCCAGCAUCGCUGCUGUGACUACAGAUCUGUGGCCAUCCAUGGCCAACACUCUGAUGAUGCCUUUCCGCGGAGCAUGGUUACCGCCGACCCCGAAACACUCGUCAACAUGUGCGCCCAAGCUUGAAUUGAGCGAGCAAUCCCGACGCCAGCAAUCAUCACCCACUCAGGCCAACGCCCACCCAAAGUUCGAACUGCCUGAAUUCCUUCGCGAUGCGGCCUACGAUGGUGCCCUCAUGCCCAGACACGUCCCAUCCGUGUUUAAUAUCCACCGAUCCAUCUCUACCAUGUCUAGUGGUGCCCUGCUCGCCUCGAAUCCCAUCGUCCGUCGGCUGAACGCUCAACGUCUUGCGCUUCGACCCCUGUCUACCUUGACUGCAACACGCACGCCCUUGUCUUCGAGCUCUUUCCCUAUGACGAUUGUUCCCCAACGGCGAUUUUCUCAGAAUGGCGGGCUUUCUAGGAAUCUUCUGGCUCAUAUGGAAGAAUCCGCGAACAGGAACCCUUCAAGCGCAACCGCCCAGAAUGCAUUCUACCAAGCACUCCUCAAAGCCAACAUGCCCGCUAUCAUCAUCGAGAGAUACCGCUCGGGUCGUUUCGCCACCAAUGCAGCUGCAGAUGAAGUAUACCAGAAAGCUCUCAGCCAGCUCGCUCCUCCCGGUGCCCAGGGAAUCGAUACUACUGAGGACAAUCUCCCCUCCGAUCUGACUCCGACCCAGCUUCAGGCUGUUAAACAAGCCUUGGCGGCUCGUGCGCGGGGUGGCAACCUUGCCGUCGCUAAGGGCACUUCUGGUGGUACUGCUGGUAGUGGUGCGCCGCUCCACGUUGUUGUCGACGAGACGAUGGGCAGUGCUCUCUUCCGAUGGGUCAAGUUUAUUCUCUGGUUUUGCCUCUUUACGUAUCUAAGUCUGGUUAUCAUCACUAUGCUGGUCGAGGGCAUGAGCGUGCUCAAGCGCCCAGGUGCCAAGGUCGACAGUGAAGCUAAGUCUGAAUCGCAAAAGGCCAGGUUCUCCGAUGUGCACGGUUGCGACGAAGCCAAGGAAGAGCUGCAGGAGAUGGUGGACUUCUUGCGAAACCCGGAAAAGUUCUCUACACUUGGUGGCAAGCUACCCAAGGGCAUCCUACUUGUUGGUCCUCCUGGAACUGGAAAGACGCUGUUGGCCAGGGCUGUUGCUGGCGAGGCCGGCGUUCCCUUCUUCUACAUGUCUGGCAGCGAAUUCGACGAGGUCUAUGUCGGUGUUGGUGCUAAGAGAGUCCGAGAGCUCUUUGCAGCGGCCAAAGCUAAGUCCCCUUCGAUUGUCUUCAUUGAUGAGCUUGAUGCCAUUGGCGGUCGUCGUAACGCGCGUGAUGCUGCCUAUGUCAAACAAACUCUGAACCAGCUGCUUACCGAGUUGGACGGCUUUGAACAAAACAGCGGUGUUAUCAUCAUUGGUGCAACAAAUUUUCCCCAACUCCUCGACAAGGCUCUCACUCGUCCUGGACGCUUCGAUCGCCACGUGAAUGUGGACCUACCUGAUGUCCGUGGCCGUCUUGCUAUCCUGCAGCACCAUGCCAAAAAGAUCAAAGCGGACAAGGACGUCGAUUUCAAGGCGAUCGCCAUGAGCACAGGCGGGCUGUCAGGUGCUGAGCUUGAGAACAUCGUCAAUCAAGCCGCUGUCCACGCUAGCAGAGCCAAGGCGAAGUGGGUCGGCCUCAAAGACUUUGACUGGGCCAAGGACAAAGUCAUUAUGGGCGCUGAGCGCAAGACCAUGGUUAUUACUCCAGAAGAGAAGGAAAUGACUGCCUAUCACGAGGCCGGUCAUGCUCUGGUGCAGCUACUCAGCGAGAACGCGGGGAGUCAGCUUUACAAGGUCACCGUACUGGCUCGUGGCGGGACCCUGGGGCACACUGCGUAUUUGCCGCAAAUGGACAAAUACUCAUGGAGCAAAUUGAACUAUCGGACUUCAAUCGAUACGGCUUUGGGUGGAAAGCUUGCCGAGGAGAUCGUCUAUGGGGUAGACAAUGUCACCAGCGGUGCAAGUGCGGUAAAUCAAAUCACCUGGAGAAAAUCAAAGCAUUGCAGCUGAAAGCUAAUACUACGCCUACAGGACAUCAAGUCGGCGACAUCAA